UCUAUCAGGGCGCACCGCAAAAAAGCCGACAGCAGAAUAAAAAUUGUAAAUAAAAAUUAUAAAUGAACAUUGAAUAUUUGAAUUAUUUUCCUCUUUGAUGUCUGGUAAGCGUAAAGAUCCUUGUAAGGCAAACGCAUGUAAAAUACAGGCCUGCUUGAGCGAAAAUCAUUAUCAAGAGAGCAAAUGCUUGGAGGUCCUGGAACAAAUGCGUCUAUGUUGCUUAAAGUGGCAUAAGGAAUCAAAUUGUUGUUCAGGAAUAAUUUUAGAAAGAAGUUAUCUCGUUGACAAGGACGAAGAAAAGCAGAAGUCAUAAAGACAUUAAAAAAAAAAAAAAAAACAAAUUUACUGCAAUAAAAGGAUUUCUAUUUCAGUGAAUAAUGCAAAAACCUUCUAUUCCGCCCUACAAAUCGUCACCUGAAAUACAA